CGGGUGUUUCUCUGUCGCGGAAAUAUAAUCGGCGAUUUAAAUGGAGGUCUUUCGUGGAACGACAGUCGACAUGCCGAGUGCACACGUUUAAAGAAAGUAGAGUGGCACAAAAUCGAGAGGAGUUUAAAAAAAAAGAAGAGUAUACUGCGAUAUCGAGACUUCGACUAUAAAAUUGAUUUUGAUAAAAAAUGCGAGUUAUAAAAUUUAAAAAAAAAAGCUUUAAAACGUGACUCUAGAUAUCGCGAUUAUGCAUGAAUAAAAAUCGCGUUCAAACGCGAAAUAAAUCGGGACCAAUCGAUAUGUAAAUGGAAAUACUCGUUAUUUAAGGCUCAAGGAUUUUUCGUCAUUUUUUACUUACUUAGAUUUUAGCUAUCUCUAAUCAAGACAGUAUCGAUUAGUCGGUGACUUGCAUCGAUCAUGUAGUUGCGAGGCGGUGUCUCAAUGAUGAGAAACUGAAUCCGGAAUUGCGGAUGGUGUUUUUUAGAAUUAAGUGGUGGCGAGAAACGACUUUUUUCUAGCCGGUGAUUUUAAAUUAUUCGAAAACUUUUAGUGUAUACAUAGAAGUGUAAGGUGAACACGAAUAAACGACCAUCCUCCACGGAUUCAUCUCACGAGAUGAGGGAUCUCAAACACUCCUGUCAGACUAAACCGAAUUAGAUAAGUUUCCAGUUUUCAACCGCAGUUGUAUUAUUAGACGUAUCAUCGCAUUAUGACAAAACAGCGGCAUCGACUUUUUCAUCAAGAAACGCGAUGACUAUGAAAAAUUCUUGGAGACAACAACGUCCUAUUUAGGGAAGAUGAACGAGAUGGAGCAGAUUCCUGAGGGCUGAGAUCGCGCGGAUCUUCGAGAUGGCUGGUUGGAGAAUGCAGCCGACCGUCACGGUGCUCGGCGUCAUCGCCAUUGUCAUGAUCACUAUUACUGCGUCAGAAACGGAGAGCGGCGCCAUCGAGCACGGCAUCAAUCAUCUCGACGAGGAAGAUCAGCGUUUCGGCGAAAGGAUCGCGACGAAUCGCAGCGUCGAAGCCGUUGGUUGGUCUCGCGAUAACGAUACAGCGGCCCUCGAGGAAAUCAUUUCUGCCGUCGCGGUUGAAUACCCAACCUCGACGAAGAGCUCGCUCUCGCUCGUUACCAUGAUUGAAGCUCACUUCGAGAACACAUCGAGGAAAUACGUAGACGAUCAGAUGAUAUUCGCCUCCAAGAGGAUCGAGGACUCGGAACAGGCGGAAGAGGCGCUAGCGACGUUGAAGCACGUUGAAGAUUCUCGAGGAACGAACGAGUCUGCGAUAGAAAAGCCAAAGAACGAUUGGCUGACAAUGAUGCCGGUGGAGAAGGAGGAAGACCAAGUUACGGAAGCGAAGCACGAAAGCGAGCAGAGAAACGUGGAGGACAUCAGGGCGAUCUCGUUCCAAGUACCACCACCGAACGAGAAGGAGGAGGACUAUCAGGACAGCCGACAACAGGGGAAGGUGAGCGUCGGCCAGAUGAACGAGACGCGAAAGCUUGGUGAGACGAGGAAGAAUCAGUCUAGAUCGGCCAACAAUCUCCUGCUGAGCGGCAAAUCGACCAAGGCCUUCUACGAAAUAAAACCGUCCAUCAGGACGCUAGAAACGGAACGCGGUCGUGAUCAUCAGUCCCAGACAACCACUCACCGAACGCUAUUGGACAGGAAGUUUGUUGUGCCCAGCGUCGAUAGCGCCUUCGGUAAAUUCGGUCCCUACUUCGAGGACGGCGAUCAAGAGAUGAAUGUCACCACGAGAAUCGGCAGCACCGUUUUGCUGGACUGCAAAAUCGGCAUGCUAGGCGAUAAGAAGGUGACGUGGUUGCAACAUAGUAAGGAUUCAUUUCGUCUGUUGACAGUGGGCAGAACGCCAUACAGCAACGACCAAAGAAUCAGUCUUAAUUUUCGAUAUCCCAGCAAUUGGAGAUUGCAGAUAUUGUACGCGAGCCCGCGCGAUUCGGGAUUGUAUCAGUGCCAAGUCGCUACACAUCCACCGCUGGUUAAGAAAAUCAAUGUCGUCGUUACAGCACCAACUCUCACGAUCAGCGACGAUUCCGGGCGUAUAGUUUCCAAAGAGAGACAUUUGAAAGCGGGCAGUGUUCUCAGACUUAGAUGUGAGGCGAGGAACGUGCUAGAAUCCUUGAACGAAUCUGUCGUAUGGACCAGGGGAGACGAAACGCUCACUGAGGACAUUAGCGAGAACAGAACGACGGAGAUCUCGGCGGGCAAGGAGGUCCUCGUGAUUGUCAGUACUCUCAUCGUGGAGAGGGCCAGUCCAAGACACGCCGGCAACUAUAGCUGCGUGGUGCCUGGCAAAGCCAAGACCACCGUCGCGGUCCACGUUCUCAACGGUGAACUGCCAGCCGCCGUGCACGACGGCAACGGAGUUUCGAGAGCGUUCCUUAAUCUUUGGCUGGUUCACCUGACGAUGAGCUAUGUCUUCACCAGAUGACAAUAUUAAGAUCAUUUCAUCCCGUGUCUGGAUUUCUGUUCCGGAUGCAUUUGCACGUCGCAACGGACAGGCAGGUGCACAGAUGCAACGAUGCAGCUCAGUGCAAUGAUGCGGCGGAUUGUGUACUCAUCAUCCGGAUUACACAUCAUCACCUCGAUCGGUGGUGAAUUGGUGCGGGUAAAAUCGUAUCGAUCCGAUCUCGUCUCGAUAUGAUCGCGUAAUACCGUGCGAUAUCUCGCGUCGCGAAGAUUUACAGUGCACGACGCACUGUCUCCGCGAAUAUGAAAUCUCGAGGAGCUCGAGCAUCGGCAGCUAUCGGUACUUAUAACGAUUCCGAAAGGAGAACAAAAUAGUGGAUGAAAAUCAUAGCAGGAACCCUUAACAAUCUCGAGAAGAUAGUGGAUGGAAGAUUCUUCGUCGAGGUAAAAAUUUAUUAAAAGUGGGCCACUCUGUGUACAGUUGGUUAAGUUAUUUUCGUUGAGAUAAGUUUGUGAAAAAUCGAGGACAUUUUUUGCUCAUCGUCGUCUGAUGGUGAGGAAAAUCCGCGUGUCGAUAAGACAAGACGGGGUGCUGUGAUGGCGAAGCCAAUGACAGGUUGCAAUAUAGUAUCCUUCAGAACUUUAUCUACGAGGAAAUGCCCUUCUCUUGACGUAAAUUUUUAUUUUCUCAAAAGCUUGACAUAAUGGCUGAGAUGAACUUGUUUAAAAUAUUCUUCGUAAACACAACGUAAUUACAGCUACCGUUAUUAAAAAUGUAAUAAUAAUGAUUCAUGGUUUAUUGCAAGUUCGAUUAUUACACAAUAUAAAGUAUUUGUAAAAUACCUUUAACAAAUUACGUAUAAUAAAUGUGUGUUUUUUUAG